AUGGUCCGCAUGCCCGGAACUUCUGAGGCCUCUGGAUUUUACCGUGCGUCCACUGGCGAAGAUGUCAAGAUCAAGCAAGAACCUGGGAUUGAAGUGUCAGCGACGGAGGGAUCGACGCAGACACGCAGAAUCACAAGAUCCUCAGGUCAUCAGAGUGUUAGGAGGGGCUCUGACGAAAUGAAAAUGAAAGUGCAAGAUCGAGAGAUCGAUCUGGAAGAUAAACCUCAACCCCCUCCUAGGGUCCAUUCGGGGGCCACCGCAGAUCGCUCUGCAAAGAGCGAUCUGCUGGAUGAAUAUCCAAUGGUGAAAACCAAAUCGGCGAAAGCCAAACCCUAUAUCGUAGUCGAUAGAUCGCCCGACCUCAAGCCGAAAAGCACAAUCGCGAGAUCGACCACAUCAGAACGAUCCGCGACGAGAUCGAUGGGAUCAGAUGUCAAAGAUCGCCAGAUCGGCCGAACCGUGCAAUCAAAGAUCGGAGCCAAAGAGGAAUACGAUGAAACACCAGAUAAGAUCGCGAUGCCAAAGACGCAAUAUUACUUGAAUGGCCAGUUGAAGACGCUGCUCAAGACGGACCCAGUGUUCAAGAUAUUAAGGCCCAAGGUGAUUGGUCCUCUGGAUAAGCCGAUCUCGGUCCCACUUCACGGGACCAACAAAGUCGACGAGAUCAAUUUGAUUUUGCAGAUGUUGGACGACAUGGGUAUCUGCCCUGACGCUUUUGAUGGAGAUGAACUGCUGAGUUGCAGCUUGGAACAGUUGAAGGACGCGGUGAAUGAGUUUGUAGAGAUCAUGAUAAUGCUGGUGGGCAAAGCGAAUACUCCUGAAGACAAGAUCGGGACGCCCUCGGGCUCGCUCCGUAAACACCCCGCGGGAUCGCCCCGCUACUCCUCGGAUGACUCCGAGAGCGAGUCAGAUGGAUCCAUCAGCAUUCGUCAGAUGUCUCUAGGACCAUCGGGUGGAAGGUUCUUAAAGGACAAGAUCGGACAAGCCAAGAUCGACGCCUAUAAGGGACAAGCCAAGAGCAGCAUGCCGCAGAGAUCGGCCAGUACCCGCACUGGGCUGGAGGAUCAAGAAGAGGGCGAUCUAAGUCGGUACUUCAAUUCAGCCAUGAAGAAGUACGAGGCGGAUCAACGUACAGCUCAGCGAAUGAAUCGACAGCCAAACCGCUACCCAGAUCGACGUACUUUGCUCAAACCUUCACACGAAAGCCUUGACAUGCCGGAUGUGGAGAUGGAGUCGGUGGGGUCGGACACUUACCAACAGAUCCAUCAUGGGACGGAAUACGACCCGGAUGAUUUAUGGAUGCCCGAACCACGGCGCCCUCACGUAGCCGCGACCGGUGUGACUACCGGAGGGGAAAACAUCACGCAAAGGAUCAGAAUCUCAGCGAUUUCUGAGCUGAAAGAAUUCUCAGGGAAGGAUCGGGAAGAAGGCAAAGCGCGAACCUGGAUCGGAAAAGUGAAUUCAGCGUUUAUCCGGGAACAAGCACCGGACGAAGAGAGAUGUCUGGUCUUCGGUAAUCUCGUGGUGGGCCCAGCCCGCUACUGGUACCGACAGCUGAGUAGAUCGACGAGAUUCAAUUGGAAAGAAUUGAUGAGCAGUUUUCUUGUGGAAUAUGCGGGACACGGGAUGUACGCGAGCCAGCAAUAUUACCAUGCAAAGAAACAAUCGGAGGAAGAUCCUUUACAGUACCUGUAUCGGCUUAAUGUGAUGGGAAUGCAGGCGAAGAUACCGGUGAUGACUGGAUUGCCAGCUGCGCGCAAGGAACAUGUCAAUCAUUUCAUUGACACCUUGGACGACCCCGAUCUGUCCAAUCAAUUGUUACUGCUGAAUGUAGAAGACACGGAUGCCAUGCAAAAGACACUGCAUGGAUAUCAACAAGGGAGAUCGCGUCAAGGGAAAGUGAUGAUGGGAUCGUCCAAAUUCAGGCAGAAGGGAACUCCGGGUCCAGCGCUGUCUAAGCCUGCACGAGCGGUGAAGAUGGUCCGUACCGAGGACGUCAGCAGCGAGUCAGGAUCGUACACCUGCGGAUCGGAUUUGGAAGAUCGAUUGAGAUCGAUCCAUGUGGCUGCUACUGCGGAUCGGCGUUCAUCCCCCAAUGACGUUGCAGCAAACGCUAGAUCGGCCGACCCGAACACUCGUCAAGAUUAUCAAGAUCGCAAUAUGCCACUGAAGCCGUGUACUCAUUGUGGAUCGACCAAGCAUAGAGAUCUCGGUUGCUGGAAGCGGCUCACUUGCCAGAAAUGUGGGCGUAAAGGACACCCCUCUGACAAUUGUUUUUUCGUGUGUCGUGCUUGCGGUGAGAUGCACGACCCGGGGAAGUGUCCCAUGGAGGAGUUCUACAACAUGAUCCGUCAGUGGUACGUCCCGAAUAAGCAUGCGGGGAUGCUACCAGAGAAGGCCGAGAAGAUGUUAAACUAG